CCCUGUGCGUCCAGCCUCGAUGACCUACGACGACAUUCCGCACCUCUCGGCCAAGAUCAAGCCCAAGCAGCAGAAGGUAGAGCUUGAGAUGGCCAUCGACACCCUGAAUCCCAACUAUUGUCGCAGCAAAGGGGAGCAGAUUGCACUGAACGUGGAUGGUGCCUGUGCCGACGAGACCAGCACGUACUCCUCGAAGCUGAUGGACAAGCAGACGUUCUGCUCCUCCCAGACCACCAAUAAUACAUCCCGUUACGCCGCUGCACUCUACAGACAAGGUGAGCUCCACCUGACACCUUUACAUGGCAUCCUGCAGCUACGGCCCAGCUUCUCCUACUUGGAUAAGGCGGAUGCCAAGCACCGAGAGAGGGAGGCGGCCAAUGAGGCUGGAGACUCUUCGCAGGACGAGGCAGAAGAAGAUGUGAAACAGAUCACGGUACGCUUCUCUAGGCCUGAGUCGGAGCAGGCCCGCCAGCGCCGCGUGCAGUCCUAUGAAUUCCUGCAGAAGAAGCAUGCCGAGGAGCCCUGGGUCCAUCUGCACUACUACGGCCUGCGGGACAGCCGCUCUGAGCAUGAGCGCCAGUACCUGCUGUGCCAGAGCUCCAGCGGGGUGGAGAACACGGAGCUUGUCAAGUCGCCCAGCGAGUACCUCAUGAUGCUGAUGCCACCCAGCCAGGAAGAGGAGAAAGACAAACCCGUGGCCCCCAGCAAUGUGCUGUCCAUGGCCCAGCUGCGCACCCUGCCCCUGGCCGAUCAGAUCAAGAUCCUGAUGAAGAAUGUGAAGGUCAUGCCUUUUGCCAACUUGAUGAGCCUCCUGGGCCCCUCCAUCGACUCCGUGGCAGUUCUGCGUGGCAUCCAGAAGGUGGCGAUGUUAGUCCAAGGAAACUGGGUGGUGAAGAGUGACAUCUUGUACCCCAAGGACUCCUCUAGCCCUCACAGUGGUGUGCCUGCCGAGGUGCUCUGCAGGGGCCGAGACUUUGUUAUGUGGAAGUUCACACAGAGCCGGUGGGUGGUAAGGAAAGAGGUGGCAGCGGUGACUAAGCUCUGCACAGAGGAUGUGAAGGACUUUCUGGAGCACAUGGCUGUUGUGAGGAUCAACAGAGGCUGGGAGUUCAUACUGCCUUACGAUGGGGAGUUCAUCAAGAAGCAUCCAGAUGUGGUCCAGCGACAGCACAUGCUGUGGACGGGCAUCCAGGCCAAAUUAGAAAAAGUCUAUAAUCUCGCGAAGGAAACCAUGCCAAAGAAGCCGGAUGGACAGUCAGGGCCUGUUGGGCUGGUCUCUGGGGAACAGCGAGUCCAAGUAGCCAAAAGCAAGGCCCAGCAGAACCACGCACUGCUGGAACGGGAGCUGCAGCGGAGGAAGGAGCAGAUCCGGACGUCCACCGUCCUACCUGGUGUGCAGAUCAAGGAGGAGCCCAUGAGUGAGGAGGGAGAGGAAGAGGAAGAGCGAGGAGCAGAGGAAGACAAGGAGCCCAUGGACACCUCCCCCAGUGGUGGCCUCCACAGCAGGCUGCCCAAUGGGCUGCCUGCUGGGCGGGCAGGAGGAGGAGGCAGCUUCAACGGGCACCCGCCACCAGGCUGUGCCAACACUCCCGUGGCUCGGGAACUGAGGGCCUUCGUGGAGGCCACUUUUCAGAGACAGUUUGUGCUCACGCUGAGCGAACUCAAGCGCCUCUUCAACCUGCACUUGGCCAGCCUUCCCCCUGGCCAUACGCUCUUCAGUGGCAUCUCAGACCGCAUGCUGCAGGACACAGUGCUGGCUGCCGGUUGCAAGCAGAUACUGGUGCCUUUUCCCCCACAGACGGCUGCUUCCCCAGAUGAGCAGAAGGUGUUCGCGCUCUGGGAGUCUGGAGACAUGAGUGAUCAGCAUCGACAGGUUUUGCUUGAAAUUUUUUCCAAAAAUUACCGAGUACGCCGGAACAUGAUCCAGUCUCGGUUGACUCAAGAGUGUGGAGAAGAUCUAAGUAAACAAGAGGUGGACAAAGUACUAAAGGACUGCUGUGUUAGCUAUGGUGGCAUGUGGUACCUUAAAGGGACAGUACAGUCUUGACAAUAGUCACAAACCACUAACCCAGUGACCCCGAGCCCAAGGAAAGAUGGUAGAGCCAGCAGAGGUGGACAUAGAGGCUCAGCUGCUUCAGAAGACAUGGAGCAAGAACUGACCAUCUCGUGACCACUGGCACUGCACCGUCUGGUGGAUGGAGGGCAUCUCCUCAGCCAGUGGCAGUGUGUUAGACUGCUCACAGGAGAGACCUGCCAGGACCUUCUUUCCAGUACAUUAUGAAAUUCCUGACAUUAUGUUGCUUAUUAUUUGGUUUCAUUCUCACAAUAAAGAGAGUGAAUAUUGACAUGGGCAGGAUGAUGGAAAUCAUGGUUUAAUAUUUACUUUUCAAACUUAAUGCCAACAAGGUCUAAGUUAUGUUUAUAAGAUGAAGAAAACUUAAGGUUCUAAAUAUUUAAAAUGCCUAGAAGCCAAUAUUAGUCUUCAAUUAUCUAUUGUCUGCUAAGACUUCUGCCAAUUUCAUUUAACAAACCAAAUUGAAUUAUUUUACUGUUGGGUUUCUGUGGCCACUUUACCUUUCAAAACCUACUUUAUGUAGCAGUUGCCGCUGUUUACAUGAACCAUAGCAAAAAAUCAUAAUGAAACCCAUCUAGUCUUGAUGUCUGCAUAAGGAUGCAAACAGAACCAGGUAAGUAUGGAACAAUGUAUAAGUGAGAGUAUCACACUUCGAUGUAAAAUUUUAUAUUUUGUGUAUUUUUUAAAAUAAAUGCUAACACUAACCUGG